AGAGGAAUUUGACUUCUAUGCUGAAUAAAAAUCCUGACCCGCUUGAAAAGCAGGUUAAGUACGCCGAGUUGAAAUUGGCCGGUUUUGUUGCUGCACACGACGAGUCUUUUCUGAAGAUGGACCAUCUCACGGAUGUGUUAAAAGACAUUUUCCCUGAUUCGAAAAUUGCCAAGGGCCUCUCUCUGAAACGAACCAAAACACGGGGAUUAGUGGUGAAUGUGAUUGGUGAAGCUGAAAAAGAAGAACUCGUAGCUACUUUGAAAACCACUAAGUUUUCAAUCUUGACCGACGAGUCAACAGACAUUUCAGCUGUGAAGACGGCAGCUAUCAUGGUUCAGUAUUAUUGUCCUGUUGCAAAGGGCAUCGUCGUGCGCCAUUGGGAACUCGACGACAUUUUCACUGAAGAUGACCCAGAGGUUGAUGGCUACUUUUGA